UUAUCAAACAUUGUCAGCAAUAAUGUCGAAAGACACUCACAACUGCUUACUAACAAGACAAACCCAAACAUCCUCAUUUGCUCCACAGCAUCCCUCCGCAAACUGGCAUGGUAAACUAUUACAUUGUAUCAAAAAAUGGUUGACGUUAAACGAAAAUGAUAUAAGAUGCCGCAACUUCUUGAAAACUGGAUCAGCCUUAAGGGCAGAACAAAGAAAGCAUUCCAGGGGCAAGUAUUGGUACAUCAUUCAUCCGUUUAGUAUAUUGAGCCUGGUUGUAGAACUUGUUUUCCUCGUUACUGUACUGCACAGAAUGACCUUUACGAUAACUACGAUAAUAUAUCCAAAAUGGUAUCAAAUCUCAGCGAAAGCCAGAGACGUCAUUCAUGGAAUCUGCAUGGUUACCUUCUUUUUUACUGGCUACGUAGAUAGAAAAACCAAACGUAUAUUUAUAAAAACUUCGCAAACUGCCAAGCACUAUUUGCUCACUUAUUUUUUAGUUGACUUAUUUCUGAUAUUUGAAGACAAUAGUGAUGCUAUGAUACAUAAAUUUCUACACUUAAUGCAGGUGGAUGAGAUGCAUCAUCGUGAGACAAGACAAUUAUUUGCUGUACCUAUAAAUAUGAUGGCUUUCAUUUGUUAUUACAUUCGUUUACGAAGUUGUACUCCCAUAAUUACUAAUAUUUUCCUUAACUUCGGUUUUGGAAGACAGGCAAUAUUUGUAGUAACUCAUCUAGUGAUCGGCUCAUUUAUUCUGAAUACUUUCGCAUUCCUUGUAUAUGAUAUACCCGUUAACGUAUAUAUUAGAAAUAAUUCCUAUUUUCCUAAUGAUUCUUGGAUCAUUCUACGGAAUCAAAGUUUUUACGUGUACACUCGGGAUACCUAUAUGGAAAGUCUUCUUCUGGUGAUUUGUUAUUUUUUCGGAUCUUACCACUAUGAUGUUAUAAAACAGCCUUGCGAGCAACUGAUGAUGUUUUUGAUUACAUUUAUGGGAAGAGCAUACGUUUUGGUUAUCGUUGGAAGGAUUCUAGCAAAUUUCGGAGCAAGCGACAGAGCAGAGAUAGAAUACGAAAAUAUGUGGAUUCAGUUGCAAAGUUUCAUGCAUUCCCUGGAUGUUCCUUUAUACCUUCAAAAUCAAAUUGGCGAAAAGUUUGAGUAUAAUUACCAAAAAAAAUUUUUCAAUACCCAACAAAUGAUAAAAGUACUAACGAGUCAUUUAAGGACAGAAUUAUUUCUUUUUGGAUCUAAAAAACUAAUAAGUAUGAAUGCUUUUUUAAAGCUUCUUACAUCUCAAGAAUUAGGAGCUCUGUUCUCUCGAAUGAGGUCGACUGUGUACAGUUCUAACGAGGUUGUACUAGGCAACUAUCGGUCCUCCAAUAACGUAUUUUUUAUACUCUCUGGCACUGUAGCGGUUUUCGUUGGUGAGACCGAAGCCUUCCAUCUCCAGGAUGGUGAUUUAUUUGGUAUUUUUUCCAUUUUCUCAGACACAACCCACAAUGAUUAUGACUUACCUAUUUUUGUUUUGACGUUAGAACCUACCGAAAUAUACUAUGUGAACAAAAGGUGGAUAGUAGUCCACAUGGAAUCAAAAGCUGAUGUAUACCGGUACUUUCACAAUAUUUAUAUCAAGAGAAUUCAACUUACAACAGAGGCAGCCUUACGAAGACGAAGAACAGGACAAGAUGUUAGAGAUCUUCUAAAAACUGGUUCAAUUCUUGAAAAACGAAGAAAGAGGACAAUAAAUAUCGAAUAGGUUAGAGGAGAAUUUUGUUUAUAAUAGCUUAACCGAUUUUUGUUUAUGAAAUAAAAUAAAUGUUUUUGCUUUA